AUGCCGAUCCGGAGAGGCCAUGUUGCUCCACAGAACACUUUCAUCGAUACCAUUAUAAGGAAGUUCGAUGGACAGAAUCGGAAUUUCAUAAUAGCGAACGCCAAGGUCGAGAACCGACCGAUAAUUUUCUGCAACGAUGGUUUCUCCGAACUAUCCGGCUAUAACCGGUCCGAGGUUAUGCAGAAACCGUGCACCUGCGAUUUUCUGCACGGCCCUCUGACCUCAUCGCACGCCAUAAGGUACAUCAAAGAAUCACUUAAUGGGCAUGAAGAAAGACAGGUUGAAGUUCUGUAUUACAAAAAAGAUGGCAGCAAGUUUCUGUGCAGUGUCUUGGUGGCCCCGGUUAGGAAUGAGAACAAUGACGUCAUUCUGUUUAUUUUGAAUCUCGAGGACAUUACCGACGCACCUCUCAAGAAAGAUACCAAUAAAUUAUCUAUCAAAUGCUACAACGGGGAUUUCCUAACUUUCCGCAAAAUUGGGACCGGACUGAGCGGGGCUAUCAAUGGAUUCGGGGGUGGAGAUAGGGACCUCCACAGUGUAAUAUCGUCCACCAAGCAAGGGGGCGUUGGAGGAGGAGGCGGGGUAUUCCUACCCAUGCAGAGUGUCAAACACAACGUCAGCGAAAAAGUUGCCCAGGUGCUGUCCUUAGGGGCAGAGGUCAUGCCCGAAUAUAAACUCCAGACUCCCUCGAGACACCGCUGCACCAUAGUUCAUUAUUCUCCCUUCAAAGCCGCCUGGGACUGGUUGAUAUUAAUUCUGGUCAUUUACACCGCCAUCUGCAUUCCAUACGUGGCCGCAUUCCUACUUAACGAUCCGGCUUAUAAGGAAAAAGUUGGUCGUUGUUGUUGUUGUUAUCGUUUGGAUCCUAUAUCCGUGACGGACCUGCUCGUUGACGUCAUGUUCAUCAUCGACAUCCUCAUCAACUUCCGCACUACAUACGUCAACAAAAAUGACGAAGUCGUUAGCCAUCCCGGCAAGAUAGCCAUCAACUAUUUCAAGGGCUGGUUCCUCAUUGACAUGGUGGCCGCCAUCCCCUUCGAUCUUCUCAUUUUCGGCCCUGAUUCUGACGACAUGGUAACCCUGAUUGGUCUAUUAAAAACAGCUCGCUUGUUGAGAUUGGUCCGUGUGGCACGAAAGUUGGAUCGAUAUUCAGAGUACGGAGCCGCAGUUUUGCUGUUGCUUAUGGCAACAUUUGCUCUUAUCGCUCAUUGGCUGGCCUGCAUAUGGUAUGCGAUCGGCAACAUAGAACGCGAAAGAAUGAUCCUGAGCGAUAAUAAAAUCGGUUGGCUCGAUGACCUAGCGCAGCACACGCAGCAACCUUAUAACGGAUCUUUGGCCGGACCGACGAUUAAAUCCAAGUACAUCACUGCCCUCUAUUUUACGUUCAGCAGCAGAGGUUUUUUUAAACCAACCAACCAACCAACUAAUCAAUCAAUCAAUCAAUCAAUCAAUCAAUCAAUCAAUCAAUCAAUCAAUCAAUCAAUCAAACAAUCAAUCAAUCAACCAACCAACCAAUCAAUCAACCCAGCCAACCAACCAACUCCUAGUCCUAAAUCGAUCAACUUUCAAACCAGUCAACACCUCAAUCAGCCAAUCAAAUCACAAUCAACCUCCAGAUUAGAAGAAUAUUUCCAACAUGCUUGGUCUUACACGAACGGGAUCGACAUGAACAUGGUUUUAAAGGGGUUCCCAGAAUGCUUACAGGCAGAUAUAUGCCUGCAUCUUAAUAGCAAUCUACUGCAUAGUUGUGCCGCAUUUCAAGGGGCUAGUCCGGGCUGCCUUCGUGCCCUCUCGAUGAAGUUCAAAACGACCCAUGUACCCCCGGGAGAUACCCUCGUUCAUAGGGGCGAUAUUUUGGACGCCAUUUAUUUUAUAUCUAGGGGGUCUAUAGAAAUAUUAAAGGACGAUAAUAUAGUGGCGAUAUUAAACAAGGACCACAUAUUUGGCGAGAAUAUCUGUCUACACGAAUCAAUGGGUAAAUCGAGUUGCAACGUGCGCGCCCUGACCUACUGUGACCUCCACAAGGUCUUAAGGUCGGAUCUCAUGGACGUACUACGCAUGUACCCGGAGUUUGCGGAGGAAUUUGUAAAAAAUUUGGUCGUAACCUUUGACCUUAGAGAUGUGGGUGGUUUGUUCUGCGUCCUGAUUGGUUGA